ACCGGAAAUGACGUACAGUUAGCUACUUGUGUUGUUUUGCUUGACAACAGAUAUACUAUUUCCUGUGAGAUUGUGCCUGUUGUCCUUCCUAUUUCACAAAUAAUAUUGAGCCAGACAAUGGCGACAGUGAUGCAUGGUCGAAGAAGGGGUCAAAUGCGAGGCACCCCUGAAGCACCACCACAGCAUGAAGGAGGACCUCAAUAUCCCGACAGUCAUGAUUUACGACAAGUUACUAUACUGUCCAAAUCUGACUGGGACCGCAUCCAAACACAGCUGCACAGGAAACAAAUUGAAGAAGAGAGACUGAGAAAAAUUCGAGAAGAGAGAGAGGAAAGAAAGAACAAGUCAAAGGAAGUUGUCCAACACUGGGGGAAUACUAUAGCUGGUCAAAGGCAGCGUAAACUCGAAGCCAGAAAAUUGCGUGAGGCAAAGGAAGAGGCAGAGAAAGUACAGAUUGAUUUGGAGGAAGCUAAAUUUCAGGCACAACAACGUAAAGAAGCCAUAGACAAGGCUAAAACACAACAGUACUACCAAACUGAUAGAGUGAAAGGAUUCCAUAGUGCUCUAAUGCUGACAGAGGUAUUGAAGGAACGUGAGGCCCAACUGGAGCUUAAACGUCUGAAGGAACAGGCAAGCCACGGAAAGGACAAAGAAUGGCUAGAAAUUGCCCAGAGAGAGUAUGAAGAGGCUAUCAGAUUGGACCAGACCAAAGCUGCAGAGAGAAUUAUAGCUGCUGCAGAAAACCAGGGAUUCCUUAAAGCACAGAUAAUGGACCAUCACAAGCUUAAAGACAAGGCUAGGAUGGAAGACAACAUCGAGGGUGAGGAGCUACAGAAGCUCGCAAUACAGAACAAAUUAGAGAAAGAACGUCUCGAGUUGAUCAGGCGUGAUGAGAAACAACAGCUCAUGGAUGAUAAUCGUAAACAGAUAAUGGAGCGUACAGCUCUGAAAAAAUUACAGGAGAAUCAAGAAGAUGAAGAAGAUGAAGAAUGUCGGGUGUUUGCAGCUGCUAAGAGGAAGAUGAUGAAACUCCGUGCAGAGAAAGAAAAACAUCUUCACGCAGAGAAACAGCGUCAGCUUGAAGCUAUCCGUGAGAAGUUGGGAGCUCAACUCAAGCAGAAACUGGAUGAUGAAGAUGAGCGUAUACGUGAGGCAGUACAGGAAGCCGAAGAAAAGAGAGCAAAGGAAGAGGCAGAAAAGGAAGCUAAGAUGAAAGUGGCGAUCCAAUCACAGGCUGAACAUAGACAUUUACAGAUGAAAGAGGCGGAACAAAAGAAGAAGGAAGAGAGACGUCAAGAACUGGAGACAAUCCGUAUACGACAAGCUGCUGAUGAGAUCUUCAGACGUAAUGAAGAGGAAAAACGCACAAGAAAGUUUGACGAAAAUAGAGGAGUAGCAAGAUUCCAUUUAGAUCAACAAGAUAUGCGUAAGAAUAAAGAAUUUGAAGAGAAACAACAAAAUCUAGCUUUAGACAAGGCCAAUGUAGAGUUACUUGCCGUUGAGGAAUCACAGUUCCAAGAGUAUGCUAGCAAAGUAAUUGAUCAUUGUGAGAAAGGUGGUAGAAACACGUAUCCACUUCGUAAAGCUGCAAGGGGCGGCCAUGGUGGCGGUGCGGGUCCAGUUUUCGAUGGUAAGGGAGGUAUAAGACCAAGUUACAUGGUUAUGGACAAAUCAGGAAAACAGAUGCCUCAUUAUCAGAGGGACUCAACUGAAGAAACAAAACAGAACCAGAAUGACGUGAAAACUAAGAAAAGACUCGGAUUUGUUUGGUAGUUUAAUGAUGAAUAUAAUUAUGUUUUGUAUUUAAAGAAAAAUGUAAAGAACUGUUUUAAUAUAUGGUUUCUUUUUUGAAAGAACAAUGUUUUAAGAAUAUUCUUAUUACUGGUAUUAAAUUUGUUGAAUGUUACAAAUAGAUAAAUCAUGGUGAAUUUUAUAUUUUCUGUAUUUCACUUCUUCAUACAUACACAAUAUUUUACCAAAUUUUAGAUAAAAAUGUAAUUGUUUUACAAAUGCAUUUAUCAAUUUUGUAUGAAAGUUAUGACAUUAAGUGAGCUAGUGUAUAUUUAUAAUUGACGACUAUCUUAAGUCAGUGAGUAUUUUAAAUGCCUAACAAUAAACUGGUUAAUUACAGGUAUACCUUAUAUUGGUUAGCUGUAGUUUUCUUCUACCAAAGUUAUUAAAAGUGUUUCAAAUACAAAGAGAGGUUAUAUAUAAAGUAAAGGGACUUUACCAAAGUCUGAUAUGUAUUCUUUGCAUGAUAUUUCUUUCUGAUUCUUGUAAACCUGAUAACCUCACAUGUAGUGAUUUGAAUUAUUUUCACCAAUAAUCCAUCCUGUUGUUCUUAUUUCAUGAUAUUUAAAGUUAUUAAGAUUUUUGACAGGUUAUAUGGUCCUAUAUAAACGGUUGGUUGGAAAUAUAGCCCAAGCCACUAGGCAAGGGUUAUAUUGCAAACAAUCGUUUAUAUAUGGUCAUAUGUUAUGUCAGGAAAAUUUAUAACAAAUUUAUAAUACAGCAAAUUUUCUUUUUAGAUAAAAAGGGGAGAUUUCUUCAUAAAUUGACAGCAGCCGUAUAUAUAAAACUAUAUAAAUGUCACAAUUAUCCAAUGAAAAGCGACAUAACAAACAUGCAGUAUUAGUUAUAAAGAUUUUUUAUAGCUUAUAUGGCUAUACAAACUUUUGCAAGCUCAUAUAUCCCGAAGAUAUAUAGCAACUGCUUAUAAAUACACAGCCAUAUAAACUGUCCAGUCUUUAUAAAGACUUAAUAAAACUGCACAGUUCUUUUAUUUUAUCACAGGAAAGUUUUCGUGAUCAUGAAAGCAUUCUUGGUACUGACACAUAUAUAGACCAACAUCUUGAUAAAAUGUUGGGUCGUCUUUUUUCCCUUCAUUCCUUUCCUCAACUGAUAUGUAAUAAAUUAAUGUCAAUCUUGAAUGUCUAGUGUCGCUUGAAUGCUGUAUUGAGAGAUGAAAGUUGACUGGUUAUUUGUGUACAAAGAAAAUAAAAUAUAUUAAUGAAAAGUAGUAAAUCAUCUAUAGUUGAAACAUUUUACUAGUACGGAGACAGUUAUGUGUUAUUAUGGAGUAUUUUUAAAGGUAUUUUACAUUUCUAUCUGUGAUAAAGUUGUUGUAUCAUGUGUUACUGUGAAUGUUGCCUCUGGCGUUGUUUAUUUCGAUGUAUUGAUAUAAAAUAAAAGUUUACAGCUUUA